AUGCAAGAAGUUCUUAUAUGGUAUGUAUGUGUGCCAAUUAUAUGGAGAAUUUUAACCGAUCUUUAUCCCCAAAAAAGAAUCUUCAAGUAUUUAUUUAUUACUAUUUAUUUCCUUGUUACAGUAAGUUUAGAAGGUAUUCCAAGACUUUUUACAAUUAAACAACAUUUAAAAAGUGGUGGUACACUACAAGAUUUUGUGAAUUUACAAAACUUUGAAGAACUUAUGGAUAAGCACUUCUAUUCAUUUGAAACACCCGAUGAUAUGCAUAAGUUUGUUUUAAUGGCUUGUACACAGGGAUUGUUAAUUUUUAUUAACAUAAUUAUGCUUGUUAAAUUGAUGUUAGUUACUUUGUUUAGAUAA